UGGAAAGCCUUCCCAGAAGACUGGAGGCUGUUAUAGCAGCAAAGUGGGGACCAACUCCAUAUUAAUGCCCAUGAUUUUGGAAUGAGAUGUUCGUGUCCAUAUACUUUUGGUCAUGUAGUGUAUCUGGUUACACUUGCAGACUGGCGCAAAAUUAAAUACUACACUUCUCAAUUGCAGAUCAUGUUAAUUUCAGUAUUUAUUAACUUGCAUCGUCUAAUUCACUCAGUGAUCAUAAAGUACCAAAUAACAGGAUAUGUGUGCAACGAAAGCACUAUUAUAUCUGUAUGCACAUGUGUGUGUAGAUUAAUGCAUUUAUUUCGUAUAUAUUCUCCAAUAAAGAACCGUUUUGAAGUACUCAGAAGGUGUACUCAAUCAGCUUUUUGCUCCGUGUGCGCCCUCCUGUGGCUGACGCUAUAGAUUACAUGUGUGAUUAUAAACAGAAUGUACCUUAACGUUUUGCUCUAGAAAUAAAUAAACAUUCCACAGAGAUUAAAAUGAACUAAGUCUAAAAAUAUAAUAUGUUUUACUUUCACGGUGAAUUAUCAGGACCCUCUGCUUCUCGAAGACUCCCAAACCCAUCUCUGUCGCACGAUUUCCACGUCACAGUACCGCGCAGACCGGAAGCAACAGAUCUUUCCAGAAAAUACUUCUGAGCUGAAGCAACGAGUAUAGUAUAGUGCGGCGGGUUCUCUGGCAAGCUUAGCUCACAUUUUCAACAGGACCAAAGUUGACAUUUUUCUUUUUUUUUCACGUUAUUUCCAUUUCGUGUGCCGUUGUUGCGUGGACUUCCCGCGGAAAGAGAAGGAGCGAGAAGAUGACGUCCAGGACUAUUGAUUACAGUGUGUGGGACCACAUCGAAGUAUCGGAUGACGAGGACGAGACUCACCCCAAUAUCGACACGCCGAGCCUCUUCCGAUGGAGGCAUCAGGCGCGUGUGGAGAAACAGGUGGCCUUCGAGGAGAAAGGAGAGGAGCUGGAGAGGAACAUGGCAGAGUGUAAGAGAUGUCUGGAAGAGGUGCAGUACAGAGUGAAGGAGUUAGAGGAGGAAGGAAAGAAGGAGGGAGAGGAGGAGAGGAAGACGGCGCUGAGCAAGGCCCAGGCCGAGGAGAAGAAAUACAGAAAGGAUCAACGCUUGUGGGAGAAGAAGAUGGAGGAACACCGGAGAGAGGAGAAAAAGAUGCCUUGGAACGUUGACACGCUCAGCAAAGAGGGAUUCAGCAAGGUUAUCGACCUGGAGGUGGAUGAGAAACAUGGUUUGAUGGAUCAGGUAGCCCAUCAGACCAUAGUGAUGCAGUUCAUCUUAGAGUUGGCUAAGAGCCUGAAGAUCGACCCUCGAGGAUGUUUCAGAGAGUUCUUCCAAAAGAUCAAGACUGCCGACCAGCCCUAUCAGGAGGCCUUUACUGAUGAGCUGGAGUCCUUUAAAGAGAGAGUUCGAGGCAGAGCUAAGAUCAGGAUACAAAAGGCUAUGGAGGAGUAUGAGGAGGAGGAGAGACAGAACAGACUGGGGCCAGGUGGACUGGACCCUGUGGAUGUCUACGAUACUCUGCCAGAGGAAAUGAAGAAGUGUUUUGAUGAUAAAGACAUCUCAAUGCUGCAGGAAGCUAUCAGCAAGAUGGACCCCAUGGAGGCAAAGGGCCACAUGAAGAGGUGUAUUGACUCAGGACUCUGGGUUCCCAACGCCAAUACCGACAACGAAGAGGACAAAGAAGAAGACGAGGAAGAGGACAAAGAAGAUGAGGAAGAAGCAGAGAAGGAGGGAGAGGCGGAGGAGGAGAAAUGACUCUGUCAUGAAUUGAACCCUUCCUUUAGACUUUUGACCUUUUCAGACCUAGCUACACCCUUUACUAGCGUUAGCUUGUCUUAUUGAAAACAUGCUGUGAAGAUGCUAACUUCCCUAGCGUUAAUUGGGCUAGUAUCGCUAGCAUUAGCCUGACCCAUUGAAAACCUGCACCGGGCCAGUAUUUACAAAGAGUCAGCUCUAGGAUCAGAUUCCCCUCUCCAAUCCUGACGUUAACCAUUUGUGGAAAAUGUUAAACUUCAUCCUGCUCCAGUUUCUACCCAUAGUCCCUUUCUCCAUGACCCCAUCUUUAUAUUAACCCCCCCCCCACCUCACUUCUACCCAUAGUCCCUUUCUCCAUGACCCCAUCUUUAUAUUAACCACCCCACCUCACUUCUACCCAUAGUCCCUUUCUCCAUG